CCUUAGUAUGAGUUUUGACAGCAAACGUUACGUUCUAACGAAACGUUAAUUUUCAUUCAUAAAUUAGCAGCGCCCCUAUCGGAAACUUAGAGGAACUAAAUUUGGUAGUAUGAGUUGCUUCAACGUAAAAAGUAUCCGUAAACGGUCAGCGUUAACGAGAAAUUUUGACAGUUCUCGACAAAUUGGCAGUACGAGUUACAUUUUUGACAAGUCUACGAGAGAAAAGCGUCUCGAUCUCGUCCAACGUAAACGUUUUCAAACUCACUAAAUAAAAAUCGGUGAGAUAGAGCAAAACUUAGCGACUUGCGUGCUUAAAAAAUUACGUGUGACUUUUAUAAUGGCUGCGAGAAGUUAUUUUGCCUGGAGGAUGAUGGCAGAAGCCGCUGAAAUGGAUCGCCGUGAAGAAGAGCGUGAAAACCUUCUUUUGCGGCGAAAGUUAUUGAGCGCAAGCUUAAUAUCGGACACCCAUUUUGUCCAAAGAUAUCGGCUGACAAAAGAUGCCUACAAGUUUCUAUGUGAGAAACUUAGAGACCUCACUAAUUUAAGAAGCUCUCAGAGAGUCUCACUAGAAACUAAGGUACUCUGCGCAUUAUUAUUUUAUGCCAAUGGCGACUACCAAAGGGUGGUUGGCAUAGCCAAUUGUUUCUCCCAAGAAGCCAUCAGCCGCUUUGUCCACCAAGUGACUGAAGCUCUCAACCACCCAGAGGUUUUAAAAAAGUUAAUUAAGUUCCCUACGACACGAGAAGCUAGAGAACAAGUGAAACAAAGGUGUGUGAUCACAGGGGCCUUAUAAUGAAUGUUAACCCUAAGUAUGGUGGUGCUAGCCAUGAUGCCUUUGUGUGGGAAAACAGCCUUGUAAACCAACACAUGCAGACGUUGCACCAGAGCGGAG